AUGGUCCCCCCCGCCGCCGGCACGCUGCUCUGGGCCCUGCUGCUGAGUCUGGGGUCCCCGGCGGCGGGGGCCGAAGGCCAGACCCAAACUCCAACUGGGCUGCAGCGGGUCAGUUUCCGCUUUGGAGGCCCUAUGGCUAGCAGCUACCAAACCACCAGCCGUACUGGCAGACCCCGAAAGAUGAAGGUAACUCUGGAAGAUGAGGAAGACGCCGUGGCCACUGCGGACCACCUGGCAGGCCCGGCUGCCGCUGAGCUCUUGGCCUCCUCGGUGGCCACAGGCAUCAGCCACCCUCGCGGGUCUGGGGAGGAAGAAGGGGUUUUGGAUGAGGAAGUUUUGAUUAACGCCAGAAGGAAUGGCACCAACCUAGAGACUCACAAUACGGAUCCCAGCACAAGAUUUCCAGCGAAUACACAGGAUCGGGAAAUCAGGCUGACUUCAAGUAUAAUACCCUCCACCUUUAAGUCCACUGCGGAACAGCCGGGCUCUGAGAUCACCUUGAGCCAGUGGUCGACACCUGGGUCUACCCCGAACCGGUGGCCUCCACCUUCUCCCACAGCCAUGCCACCUGCAGAAGAUUUGCGACUGGUGCUGAUGCCCUGGGGCCCGUGGCACUGUCACUGCAAGUCGGGUACCAUGAGCCGUACCCGGUCCGGGAAGCUACAGGGCCUGGCAGGGCGCCUUCGCGCUGGGGCGCUUAGCCAAAUCCGCACAGAACACCGGCCUUGCACCUACCAGCAAUGCCCCUGCGACCGGGACCGGGAAGAGUGCCCCCUGGACGCAAAUCUCUACAGAGAGAAACCGAAGGUGAAGGCCACUUCAUGCACAGGAAGAGGAGGUGUCAGCAUCUCAACCUCUCCUCCCCUUUCUAUCCCAGCACCCACUGGGUAUUUUAGUACAGAAAAACAAAACUGA